CCUGCAGCGACUGCAGCUGUAUCACAGACCGCUAUUAUCAUCAUCUGAAAGCCUGAACAAAGUUUCAGAUCGCUAUUUCCGACGUUUGCGCCAGCUCAUGGGUGACUCGAGACGAAACGGAUCACUCCUUUGAUUGGCCACAAAAGCGCUACGUGGACAUCGAGCAGCAACAGGUAGAGCGCCUGACCGUUAUCAUUUCAUUCUGACUGCGGCUGUCAGGAGGACAACAGCGCUUCACGUCAACAAUUUAUCGCUCUCCUCAAACCACUUAUCGUGACACAAUCACCACGAGUUUGGUGGAAAUUCAUUUCGAGGGCCUACACCAGGGUGUGGGUGAGUCAAGUAUGAAGUCCAAAGGAAAAGGGUCAAAGCGGGGCAGACAGUCUUGGGCAGAGCAGGAUGACCCAGACUUUACAUUGGAAACAGAGCCAGGCUCCAGCGAGCAGGAGGGUUCGGAGGCGUCCGUGAGGCUGGGUGGGACGUGGAGAACGUUGAGGAGCGAAAGACACGGCGGGUCACGCGUGGGUACGCGCCGCAGGCGCCAGCAUGGCAGCGCUAAGGAACGCAACGUCCGCAGGCUGGAGAGUAAUGAGAGAGAGAGGCAGAGGAUGCACAAACUCAACAAUGCCUUUCAGGCCCUACGGGAGGCCAUUCCUCACGUCAAAACAGACAAGAAACUUUCCAAGAUUGAGACUCUGACGCUGGCAAAGAACUACAUCAAGGCCUUAACCACAAUCAUCCUGGGCAUGUCGAACGCCUGCCUGCCUCACGAUGAGAGUCACAUGGAGACCAAUGCCUCCCGGCUCCUGCAGUGCUAUCAGCAGCAUCUACAGGAGGAGGGAGAGGAGGAUCUGUCCAACUACCUGAGCCACAUUCACAGCUUCAGCCAGGGCAGCUAACACACGCUGCCACAGACUCAGUGAGCGCUGUGUAAAUACGUGAUUAAUGCCAGCUCUAAAGACUUACAAAAGGGUUUAUUUGAAUAACCUUGAGUUUACAAGCUACAGCUGGUCAUAAAAAGGCUCAUUUAUGUACAGAAUAUGCACCGUUUAUGUUGUAAACAACACGCUGGCCACAAACAGUCAUUGCUAAAGUACUACUUUGGAUUAUGAAGGGACACAGUCUGCUGAUCAUUAUUUAUUAGUGGUUCACCCAGACAUGUCACAAGUGAACAUACUUUGCUCGUAUAAGUGAAAGCCAAUGGGGUCCAACAACACUGGACCCCCCUGGCUUUCAUUGUAUGGACAAACAAAAACAUUGUCGUUUAUGUGUGAGGAAUUGAAAUAAUUCUCAUUUUGGGGUAAACUAUCCCUUUAACAGGGUAAGUAUUUGAUAUUAAAAUGCAAAGAUUUGGAGCAGAUUUCAUAUUUAUUGAGAGGACACAAACCAUGCACAUACGACACACCCAAAUAAUGUCUCUUUACCCUGUUAUUUGUCUACUUUAAUAAUUUAAAACUAUAUUACCUUUUCGUUUUCCAGUGGUUUCUCUCAUGCCUGCAUAAAUCUCUUUAUAUGUACAGAAGCAACCUUAAAUAAUGCCCUAAAGGAUGUCACACAAUUGAUGCAGUUUCACAUUAGGACCGUUAAACACCCAUAAAUAAUCCAUUUAUAAUUUAUACAUCCACAUGUACAACAGCAGAAUAGGAAUAAAACUAACUAUUCAUCCUAAUAAAACCAUUUGGAAAGAUUUGUUAGAAAUACUGUUACUUUCUGAAAUUUGUGCUGCCUUUAAAUGGAAUUUAAACCACAUAUAUCUAUGCAUAAAUGAAAUAUGCUGACAUCCUGAGAAAUAUUUCACAACAUUGUUUUCACAUUUUCAAGCGCAAAAGUAAAUAUUGCACUCUUUCAUCAAUGACAACGGCUAAAUAAGAGUCUGAACUUACACUACAAUUCAAAACUUUGAGGUCGGUAAGAUUUUUAUUUAUUUAUUUAUUUAUUUAUUUAGCGGUAUGCUCACCAGUGCUUAUUCUUAAUCAAAAAUAAUUAAAAACAGUACUAUAUUGUGUACAUUUUGUUCCUUCAGAACACAUUUAAUUAUGCUGAUUUGUUGCUCAAGUAACAAUUUCUUAUUAUCAAUGUUGAAAACAGUUGUGCUGCUUAAUAUUUUUGUACAAACCGUGAUUUUUUUUGUUUCAGGAUUCUUUAUAGAAAAUGUAAAAGUACUGCAUUUAUUUUUGAAACCGGACUUUUACAAAACAAUCUUUUACUGUCAUUUGAGUCAAUUUAAUGCAUCUGUGCUGAGUGAAAGUAUUAAUUAAAAAAAAAAAAUAAAAUCUUACUGACCCCAGAUUUUAGAACUGUAGUGUAUUUGUGUAUUACUCCACUUUGAGUAAGAAUAUAACCAAAAACCCAAUACAAGCAGAUGAUGAAAGUAUUACAUUUUGUUACGCUUUAACCAAUGUUUAGCGGCACUCCAGCCAAGCUACAAAAUACUCAGAAGCAGGUGUUUGUUUAAAAAUGUUGUUUGUGUGUGAUGUUCAAUAUAAAAUGCUUGUAGUGUACCUUCAGUAGCUUCCACUGUGACUUUUUGUAUUUAAUGCCCCUGGAUUCAAAUAAAGAAUCAGAAAAACAAA